AUGGGUAUUUUCAGCAAAUUGGUUAAGACCACCGUCGCCGGCAGUAUUGCCUCGGUCGGUGUCUUCUGGGGCGCCACGCGCAAUGACAUUUUCGAGACCAUGGACAGCUCCGAUCCCAUCUUCCAAUCGGCCUUUUUCAAAAAGUUCAACCCGAGCGGCAACCCAACUCUUCAUGAUGUCUGCGUUCGUCGCAUCCCGCUAGACAAGAUCCAGCCCUCACUUAUUGAGGAGAAGGGCAAGCUGGUGGAAGCGUUCUGUGCCGGUGUGUGGGGUGGCAUGGGAUACAUUCCCCAGCGAGCCUUCCUUGAACGAAAGUACCGUGGCCCCGAAACUGCCGACCACCUCUGGGACCGAUCAGACCUCCUCAAAAACAAAUACGAAGUAGGAACCAUCAUCACCGACCACUUUGAAGUCGUCGAGAAGACGGAAGACCGCAUUGUUGUUCGCUGCGGUGACUCCCCACGCAUCCGUGAAGUCCGUCCCUCUGACGGCCUCUUCGAAAUUGCUGCUGUGGUCAAGAGGGAUCAAGGCGUGGCCGAAUUCAGUCUGAAGAGCUGUUUCUACCAGGGUCUCGGGAAGGCGGAAGCUGCACCCAUGGAUGAAAAGGUGGCUUGGGCACACCGGCAGUAUACUAAGUUGCUGCUGGAAACCGCCGUGCUGAAGAAGUGCGUCCAGUAA